AUGCAAUUGGACAUUCGAUUAAAUGAAGAUGAUGAUGUAUUGCUUUUUUGGUUACAGCACCAAUCAAAGCUUCCUAUUUUAGCAUCGAUUGUACAGAAGUUUUAUGCAAUACCAGCAUCAAAUACCUCAGCCGAAAGACUAUUUUCAUCGUCUAAAAGUACAAUAAGUGAUCGACGUACCAGACUUGGUACUGAAAAAGUAAAUAAAUUACUCUUUCUGCAAAAAAAUUUGCAAGUGCUGAAGAAAUUAGAUGCAACAACACUGAAUGUAGCUCUUGAAGUUCAAGUGAAAAGAAAAACAACUGAACCAUCAUCAUCCUCAAUUUCAAUUCAAAAUCAAGAGCAAUUGAUGGCAACAGCUGCAACAAAAAAAUUCCAAAUGGUUGAGCAAGAUAACAUUUUUAUAUGUGAUGAUGAUAUCGAAGAAGAUAAAAAAAAAGAUGAAAUUGAUUCUUUUUAG